CCUCGAAAGUCGGCGGGCAAAGGUGGCGCUGCGAAGAAUCGAACGGAAUAAACGGCCCGCCUAUCAAGCAAACUUGUUUAAAGUGCCAUAAAAAAGCCACAAAAAAGCGGAGAAAUAAAAUAAAAAAGCUGCCGCGCAGAGCAGACGCGACUGGCGCCGGUGCCCCAAUAGCUAAUUUUCCGGCGAGUGUGCAAGUUUUUUAGUUUUUUCUGUUAAUAAAGAAAAAAUAAGUAAUACAACCAAACUGCAAGUGCAGUGCUGAAUAUGCCCUGAAUUAAGUCACUUGAAGAUCGCACAAAAUGCCGUAACAUUGGUUUGCGCUCGGCAUAUCAAGUCAUUCAGAGAUUAUCGUCCUAAAAGGUGGUCAAUCAAAGGAUUCCAGACAUGAAUUGGGUUAUCUCCAGCUGGCCUUGGCUUCUGCUGGCCAUGAUCUCACUGGGCAGAGCAUCACCUGUUCCCAGUCGCCAGUACAGCUGCAUGAGCUUUCAGGAGAACGACAACACCAUCCACGAUGACGACGGGGACCAGGACUCCAGUGCCGAGGAGCAGGAGCAGCAGAUUGAGUCCACUCCGAUUCCAAGCGAGCCACAUAGACGCACUUGCUCCGAUGGCUACACCUUCUGCUUUACUCUCUGGAACCAGACGCCCAAUGGCACGCGGGUUGUCAAGCAGGGUUGCUGGAAGGACGCUACGGAUCGCACCUCGAUCUGCAGCCAAUCGGAGUGCGCCACCUCGGCUCCAACCUCAAAGACCAAUACAUUGUACUUUUGCUGCUGCUCCGGGGAAGUUUGCAAUGCCCAGUAUUCCGUGGUGGAACCAGCUCCCCUAGAACUUGGCCUAAACGAUGCCAGGACUUCGAUCACCAAUAGAGCCACCGCCAAGCAGCACCAAUCCUUUUGGGCCAGCACAAUGCUGGGACUCGCUGGUGGACUCACGGCCCUCACGAUUGGAAUCUUCUUGGCCGUUCAGUACUGCCGCACGGCCAAGGAGAAAACCGAACCGGAGGAGUCGCCUCUGGCCCCCUCGGGUCCUGGCUACAGCUCCAAUCUGCGGAAUGUGGACAACAUGAACUUGAUCGGCAUGCUGGGCAGCGGGAAGUACGGAACUGUGAUGAAGGGACUGCUCCACGAUCAGGAGGUGGCGGUCAAGAUCUAUCCAGAGGAACACCAUCAGUACUAUGUGAACGAGAGGAAUAUCUACGCGCUGCCCUUGAUGGAAUGUCCUGCACUGUUGAGUUAUUUCGGCUACGAUGAACGCUGCACAAUGGAUGGCCGGAUGGAGUACCAGUUGGUUCUCUCGCUGGCUCCGUUGGGCUGCCUUCAGGACUGGCUGAUAGCCAACACAUUAAGCUUCGCCGAGUGCUGUGGCAUGCUGCGUUCCAUCACGAGGGGCAUCUCCCAUCUGCACACGGAACUCCGCCUGGGAGAUCAGCACAAGCCGUGUGUUGCCCACCGGGACAUCAAUACGAGGAACGUAUUGGUUCAAGCGGAUCUCAGCUGUUGCAUUGCGGACUUCGGCUUCGCCCUGAAGGUGUUUGGCUCCAAGUACGAGUACAAAGGAGAGGUGGCCAUGGCGGAGACGAAGAGCAUCAACGAGGUGGGCACCCUGCGCUACAUGGCACCCGAAUUGCUGGAGGGAGCCGUGAACCUGAGGGAUUGCGAAACCUCGCUGAAGCAAAUGGAUGUUUAUGCCUUGGGCCUGAUGCUCUGGGAGGUAGCCACUCGCUGCUCCGACUUCUACGCUCCCGGACAGACGACUCCCCCGUACAAGGCUCCCUACGAACAGGAGGUGGGCUCCCAUCCCAGUUUCGACCAGAUGCAGGCGUUGGUGGUGCGGCACAAGGCGCGUCCCCUGUUCCCCACCGGUUGGGGCGGUGGUGCGGCGGCCAAGGUGGUGCGAGAUACCUGUGAAGAUUGCUGGGAUCACGACGCGGAUGCCAGGCUGACCUCCUUGUGUGCCGAGGAGCGAAUGCAGGAAAUGUCCGGUUUGAGGCCGAGAGCUCAGGCUCAGCCGGCGAGUCCUCUGUUGAACACCAACAACCUGGUCAACCCUCCGGAACAGGGCUUGAACAUCAUAACCACAACGACCACUUCGGCUGCAGUGCAUCACCAGAUGAGCUCGGAUGCCACUGGUCUCAUCCAGCCGCCUCCCAAUCAGCAGUUGCCUCUGGCCGCCUUGGAGCGGGAGAAGAACCACCUGAGCUACCCGCAGCAGCAACUGCAGCCGUAUCAGGGCAGGAAUCCCUGCCAGGAACGCAACCUGGCACCCCUGCCCCUUCGAACGCCUCCGGUGCUGGUGGAGCGGAGCAAGAAGCACAGUUUCCAGACGCAGCCGCAGGAGAACUCCCUCUCCUGCCUGGAGCACGAUGUGAGUGUGGAGGAGCUGAUAGCCAGCCACCAUCACCAUCACCAACAUCACAACCAGCAGCAGCAGCAGCAGAAGAACACGAUAGUCAGUGCUGUCGGAGGAAAUGGGAAUCCCAGCUUGGGCCAGGGUUUCCCCAAGCAGCAGAACACGGAUCACAAGCUGCGCGGAUGGCAUGGCGUUCGUGCCCUGAUCCACAAGAAGCUCUUCCGCAAGGAGCACGCCGAGGAAUUGUGCCGCCAGCUGCAGUUGGGCGAGGAGAAGUCCAAUCUGGUGACGGCUCUGCGACGACCGAACAAUCUGGACUUGAGUAGUCCCCGGGGCCAGGACAAACCCAUCCCCAUUCAGCUGAGGAGUGCGGAACAGAGGACGGGAACCCCGGCCCACAUCGUACCGCGAUCACUGUCCAGCAGCCUGAUCAAGCACAUUAACGGAAGCACCAACAACAACUCCAUCCAGAGCCACGGCAGCGAACUGCAGACCCUCAGCCGUCCCGCGCCGAAGCGAAGACCCGGCCACCUGCGCACCAACUCCCUGAUGGUCACCAUGGGCCAGGACAGCCAGGGUCCUCCGACGGAGCAGCAGAUGCGGCGCCAGCACAGCCUGGAGGUCUUCCGCGAGGUCUUCAGCGGUCGGGGGAGCAGCGAGCGGCUGAGGGAUCCCAGCGAGCGGGUGAAGACUCCCGGCGAUGUGCCGCCUUCGGUGCGGAAAGCCAGGGCCAGCAAAACUCUGAGCUUGUACGACGAUCGGAUGAUGGACUCCUCCCUGCUCAACAUCCUCUAGCAUGAGGAAGUCCUGCUGCUGGAACUGUAAACUGAACGGAGGCAGCAGGACACGAUAGCCUGACUCAUAUCUCAUCCUCCAUCGAAAACACACACAUAUUCAACGAUAGCCAUAGAGCAGAAGACCCACAUCGCUUCCUGGAAAAGUCUUCUCACAGAAACCGAAACGGAAAACAGGACUGUUUGGGUUUUCAACUUAAGAACUCUUUGAUUUCAAAUCAAAACCAAACAAUCAGAGCAAUGCAAUUAAAUUUAACUUGGAUAAAUAUGAGAUUUAUUGCACAUAGAUGUAUUAAUCAGGAAUCGUAGGAUCACAGAUUUGAAAACCCAAAACAGAUCCUCCAAACAUUUAUUUUUCAAACAUAGUAGAGAGGAGUUCGAAGAUAGUAUGUGUAUAUCUGAAUGUAUUUUUUCACCAAUCAUCCUAGCGUGUAGUGCGGCAAAGAACCAAAGUCCUUAUAGGUUAGAUCAGACUAGAAUCGUACGAGUAUCAGUAUAUAGCAGUAUAUAGCCCCACACACACAUAUAUAUUUUCUGACUUGAACUUGAAUUUGAACCAGAGCGAAACAGGUAGUAGUCUAUAUACAUAGUUUGUACAUCUAUGGUUUUCACUCGAUUUGAGCUUAAGGCGAGGAAGGAAGUCGAGGAGGAAGGGGCUUGGCCGGACCAUUUUUAUAGAGCCAUAUAUAGCAACGAUCUGCAUUACGAGUAUAUCUUUAACUAAGCAUUGUACUGGAAUAUUUAGUCAUCACAUAAUUACAAAUUAAGGCGACAGACCUGGGCUGUCAUCAUACGGAAAACAUGUAUACAAAAAGAGCACAAAAUACUCGGAAUAAAAUAUCUGGUUAACAAAUUACGAACGCCUCUCAAGAGUUAAUGGCAGCCCUAGACCCAUUUGUUCGAGUAUUUGUCAACUCUAUGUAGUAAACCCCUUUGGAUGAAUUUUCGAUGAAUGCCUUUUUGUCGUUCUCUUUAGUAUUUAGACCAAAACACCCGCAGCCUUUCAAUCACAUUAAAUGCAAGUCUAGUUAUGUAUAAUUUACACUAAUUAUAAUUAUAAACAAACUUAAUUUAAUUAAUAAACGAAUUAUUUAAAAGUGA